UCGGCUCUCCGAUCGCCGCUCCCUUCAUCUCAGCGCAGCAGGCCCGUGCAGGUGCAAGGGCCAGGAACGGAUCAGGCCACCGCAGCUCCGCCCCGGCGCGGAGGCUGGGGGCGCAGUCGCUGUCCUCCGGCACGGGGGUCAGGGUUGGGCCGCACGGGGCACCGCCGCUCCCGGAGUCCGGGCCUCCGCCACGGCACCCCCGUCGGCCCUCGAUCUGCUAGGUGCGCGCUUUCCCCCCUCCCUCUCGCUCUCCCUCUCCCUCCCUCUGCCUCCCUCUCUCCCGCUAGCGCGGAGGCUGUCCUCCAUCGCGGGGGUCAGGACGCGCCCCCUUUGGCGCGGGUGCCGCCGCUCCUGAGGGCCGGGCCUCCGCCGCGGCUCCCCCCCCCCCUGUCAGCACACGAUCUGCUAGGAUGGAUGAAGUUACACAAGCUGUUGAAAAUCUGAAGAAAGAAUGGAGCCAAGCGGUUUCACAGCUUGAGGAGAGCAUUGCUACAAUCAAAUCAUGUGGAAAAGCAGGGAAAGGGACAGAGGAAGCAAAUUCUCUUCCAAGGUUGAAUGGUUCUGCGCAGGAUGCUCUGCAAUUGCUCAAGUCACUGCAGUUUCGGCUUGAUCUUCUAGCGCAGCAGCUACCUACUUUUGAAGAAGUGCAAUCCGGCCAAGCAACCUUACAGUCAUGGGAUGAACAAUACAAGAAGCUGCGUGCUAGUCUGAGGAAUGCUAACUUACAAGCUAAAGAGAACAUUAGAAAAGCUGCUCAAGAGGAGAGGGAGCUUCUUCUUGGGGGUGGAGAAGAGUCUACCAUCCGCAGGCGUAAUCUCCAGACAAAGGCUGGGAUGACAUCUGCUGCUGAAAGUAUCACUGAGAGCCUCCGACGGUCUCGCCAGAUGAUGGUUCAGGAAGUGGAAAGAAGUGCAAGUACCUUGGCAACAUUUGAUGAAUCAACUAGUGUUCUCCAGAAGGCUGAAGGUGAAUAUCAAGGACACCGCUCUUUGCUGAUGCGUACCCGUGGUUUGCUCUCCACAAUGCAACGGCAAGAUGUUCUUGAUAGGGUCAUCCUGACUGUCGGCUUUAUCAUUUUCUCCUUGGCGGUUCUCUAUGUUGUUUCAAGACGUAUUGGUCUGUUGACGCUGCAAAGGAAACUGGCUGAUGCCAUCAGAUCAGGUUCAUUAUCAGCUGAGGACAUCGUAGCAAAAGCCCAGCCUGGACCUGCUGCAGCCAAUGUUCCAGCUCCCGCCCCUCCCAUUUACGAUGAACUGUGAUUUACUUUUAACUAUGGUCUUAUACACUGUAUCCAGAUUCCAGAAGCAACUGUUAAGAUGUGCGCUAGCGAGUUUGGGAAGGUACUCUCCACUGGCGGAAUGAACUAGAUGCCUCACUGCAGUGUGGAUUUAAGUUUAGUGCAGCUGACUUAUUUUUUCUGGGGGGCAUUUAUUUAUACGACCAGCACCAAUAUGGUUCAGAUAGCCUUGAUUCAGAUGUAUAAUUAUCCCAUCCCUCUAUCCAAGUUGGAUUUAAGUGGUAUAGUUUUGGUUUGUUUUA